CAACAACAACAACAACAACAACAUAUAUUAUUGUUAUUUUAACGACUUAAAAAUCCACCCGCCACUGUAUUAUAUAUAUACAACAAUAAUAUAUAUUAAAAUAAAAAAAAAAAAUUAUAUAUAACGAAAUGUUCAACGGUCAAUAUAAUCAACCUCACCAGUCUCCUAGUGCACAACGGAAUAAUUAUCCUCCAUAUCAAAUUAGUCGUCAGUUUCCUCAGACUGGUUUACAUAAUGGUUCUCAGUACAGCACGAUCGGUAAUUAUAAUAACAGUAGAAAUGUUGAUAUGCGUUAUCCUGCCGCUGCAGCUGCUGUUGGUCCUCUUCCAGGUCACCCUUCACAAUAUAAACAUGGUUCUGGUUGGGGAACUGGUGAUAUAAAUGCUUCAGGAAUUUCUUCAGGGAAUGGUUCUUUAACGAAUAGUUUAACUUAUGGUACAAAUAAUACAAAUACUGCUAAUAAUCCUGGUAAUUUUGCUGCUCAAGCAAAUCCUAAUAUGUUCGGUGCUACUGCUCAAGCUCAACAACCUCAAAGUUCACGAAGGAUUCAACAAGGAUCUGCAAGUAUGCCUUUAAGAUUAGGUUCCGAGGCUCAUUAUCAACAACCAACUCAUCAAUCCUCAAUUGCUGCAGGUCAUACACCGCAGCAACCGGCAGCAUUAUCUUCAAUAUAUUCUCCUACUGCUCAAACUGCUGUUGCACAACAACAACAAAAUAACAAUUUACUCGCUUUACCUAAUCCAACUCAAAAUGUUACAGGUUCAAUACUUAGGCAUCCUCAACAACAACAACAAUGGUCCACUAUGGAUUUACAUUCUUAUAAUUAUAGAAAUCAACCUGGUACUCAAAUUGAUACUUUAAAUACUUAUAGUGUUGUUACAGCUGAUGAUGCAUCUGAAUUGGAUGAUAGUCUUACAAUGGAUAAUACUAUGGGUGCUACCCCUUCUUUAGCUACAAAUACUCCUUCUGCUCAAUCUUCUAUAUCACCAAAUAAUCAACAAGCUUAUUUAGGAAGUACUUUAACUCAUCGUUAUGCUAAUCAACAACCUCAAACUAAUCCAUCUCAAGCUCAUCAUACUAAUCAACGUCAACAGGUUCAACAACAACAGCAACAACAACAACAACAACAACAACAAUCACAACAACAAAAUCGUCGUUAUAAUGUUCCUACUUCUUCCCCAAAUACUUCAAUUAGUAGUAUAACGGAUAAUGUUGGUUCUCCUUCAAUUGCUAGUUCUAUCACUCCUAAACGUUCUACUACAAAUGAUUCAAAUCCUACUGUUUCUGUUGCUGCUGCUGCUGCUUAUGGUGCUACAAAUCAAGGAAGAUCAAUGUAUAAUAGUAAUGCUUAUAUAAUUAAUCAACAACAAUCUUAUGCUACUCAGCAACAACCAAAUACUUUAAGAUCUCCUUAUGCUCAUGAAAGUUAUAUUUCUCCUAGUAAUGUUGGUGUUGGUUUAAAUACUGGUAGUUAUUCUCAACAGAAUAAUACUUCUAAUAAUCAACAAUCUCAACAACAACAUUUACAAUCUCAACAUUCACAUCAACAACAACAACAAAUUCAUCAACAACAACCUCAACCUCAACAACAUCAAUUACAAAAUUUAUCUCAUCAACAAACUCGUAAUCAAUACGCUCAACCUUAUACUUCUCCUCAUAUGAAUCCAAAUCAAAUGAAUCAAAGAUCUGUAAUAAGUCCUAAUACUGUUCAAAAUGCUAAAACUUCCCCAAGAUUAACAAAAUCUGCUGUAAAACCUUCAAUACAACCGGGUACUCAGGUUUUACCUCAACAUUUACAAUCUCAACAAGCUCAACAGGCUCAACAGGCUCAACAGGCUCAACAACAGUUACAUCAACAAUCUUCUCAAUUAAGUCAUCAAUCACAGAUUCAACAACAACAGCAACAACAAAAGCAACAACAACAACAUUCUACUCCAAUACAUCAACAACAAGCAAUACAACAACAGCAGAUGCAACAAUUACAUCAUUCACAAACGAUGCAUCAUCAUCAUCAACAACAGCAGAUACCUCAACAGCAUUCUGAACAAUCCAUGUCACAGAUACAAAUGCAACAACAAAUGCAACAAAAAUCUAAUCAAACUCCUCAAAAUAAGAUGAUGAGAAGUAAUGCUCAACCACCUCAACAACAGCAGCAACCAAAUACCUAUCCACAAAAUCAAAUGGCCUCAAUUUCAAAUCAAACCAAACAAAAAUCUUCUCCAAUGAUUUCAGCUUCAUCUUUACAAAAGAAUAAUUCUAUAACGCAGCAGCAACAACAUCAUCAUCAACAGCAUCAACAGCAACAACAACAGCAGCAACAACAA